AUGAAAUCUACCGUCUACUCGCUGGCGGCUCUGCUGCCCUUGAUCCUCCCGACCCAAGCCGACGACCUCUGGGCGCAGGUCAGCUGCUUUACCUCCAUUGGAAAUAUGGAGAACAUGGGGAGCUAUGAGUUCCAAUCGGUCGGCCACUGUACAACUCAAUGCGAGGAGAUUAACGGGGUGUUUGCCGCGGUGCAAGCGGAGCUCUGUUACUGCGGAACUGCUGCUCUCGACAUCCAGGACAUGGCCUUGGCCGACGACGAUAGUGCUUGCAAUGCCGCAUGCCCCGGGUAUGCUGUUGAUACGUGUGGCGGGGAUGGUGUCUAUUCCCUGUGGGUUUCGCAAGAAUAUGCCUUGAGCCUAAAUGACGACGACGACGACGACAAUGGCGAUUAUGGGUAUGAUUAUGAAGAUGAGGAUAGUGACCUGGAUGGCGACGAGAAUGAGGACGGGGAGGAUUCCAACAAUGACUCUUACAGUGGCUGGAACAACACUUCCACUGCUGUCACAACCACCACUGCUUCCUCGACCACUGCGUUGAAUGCUGUGUCAACAUCGCCUAGUGUCAGUGGCCUCACUUCACCAACAAUUGCUUCGGUCAACCAAACCGCGACGGGCAGUGCUGCCAUCACCACGACUACUUCUACCUCGGGAGCCAGUCGCCGCUCUAGAAUUCUCUUCUUCUAAGGGUGCAGGGGAAGGACUGCGUCAGUUUAGUGGUAUAUUGAUAGCAAAAUAAAUAUAGCGUAGAAUCCUCUCUCAUUCGUGGAAGUUGGCUGACCGAGGAUGACGCGAUCUGCAGGCUGGAUGGCAUGCAAACCC